GCCAAUCAUAGUGAAAGGGACCAUAAAAACUCCAAACUUUUUUUUUGUAUUUUAUUAAAUAAGAUAUUAUAUUGCGCACGUGAUUUAUUCAAGUUCACUGUGGUUUCGACACGUGGCAUAUACAAAUACGAAGCCUGAAAAUCACUCACAGGCUUUCGGACCCCAAAUUCAGUUUUCACUCCGACUAACUAACAAUGAUGAAACCCGAUCCCCAUUUUUUCUCUCUUCCAUUUCUAAUCCUCUGCGGUCGACUCUAACUACAAUCUUUACAAACCCUCCAAUCACAUUCCGCCACGUCAUCAAUGCUCUGUUCGGUGCCGGCCGCCGGUAAAUCCGGCUCGAACUGGCUCGACCGGCUCCGGUCCAUCAAGGGUUUACCUACCGCCGAAGAUUUCGACCUCGAUCACUUCCUCACACAAAACCCUAACUCGUCUUCUUCUUUUUCUUCUUCUUCUUCUUCUUCCGAGUUAGCUCAGCUCAACUCAGCGACGACAACGACGAAGACUCAGAGAGCUGCUAAUCGGAAUCGGAAAUGGGUCGGCGCAAUGAACAAUGUUUUAUCGGAACUCUUCUUUAUGGAUGGGUCUGACGAAAGUUCUAAACUUUCCGGGAAAAAAUUUCCCAGGAAACAAACAAACCCCAGAAUCUUCUCUACAUCAAUGGGUAAUACAACCACGACCGUCGUUAACAGUAACUCCAGUGGCGUUGUGGCGAUAACGGCGUCGUUUAAUUCGGAUAGUAAUAGUCUGAUUCGGAGGAGAAAAGGGAAUGUUCGUGUUAAGAGAUUUAAAGCUGUUGAUGAUAAAGAAGAAGAAGAAGAAUUGGGUUUAGAAGAAGAAGAAGAAGAGGAAUUAGAGAAUGAGGAGAAGAAAUUUAAGGGUUAUUCAAGGAGUGAAGUGACUGUAAUUGAUACUAGUUUUGGGUGUUGGAAAUCAGAGAAGAUGGUUUUCAGAAGAAAGAAUGUGUGGAAAGUUAUGGAGAAGAAAUGUAAGUUGAGUAGUUUUGUUAGGAAGAAAAGGAAAGUAGAAAAUGAUGAUGUUGAUGAUGGUGAUGAUGAUGAUGAUGAUGGUGAUGGUGAUGGUGAGGGUGAUGAUGAUUUGUCUUGGGGAGCUGUUGUUUUGGAGAAGAAGAAAGUUAAAGCUUUGAAUUCUCAUCAUGCUAUUAAUGGUGGUAAUCAAUCUAUAAAGCCUUCAUCAGAUGAAGUAAGUAAAGGUCAGAACUUUAGAAAAAAAUCCCGCGAAGAAAUUUACAAAGCAACGACGAAGAACCUGAAUACUACGAGGAAAGAAAUCAGUAGUACCGAAUCACCAGAUAAUCUUAGCCAAGAUUUCAGAAAAAGGUCUCGGCUAUCCAGUUCACCUAGAAAAAUGAAGAAGGGAGGCUCAUCAUCUGUUGUCCUUAUAAAAGGCAUUUCAACAGGCAAGAAGAAAAAUGGAGUAAUGGUUCCUCCAAAUUGGCAUAAGAGCACUCAAAAACUACAUAUGCCCAACAACAACUCCCCUAGGAAGUGAGUUUGAUUGGGAUUGGGAUUGGGAUUGGUAUUUUUUAUUCAUAAAAAAGAAAAGAACAGAAGUUGAGAAUUGGUCUUUGUGCUGCUGAUGAUUUGCACUGGCCCAUUGAACAUGUUGUUGUGAUUAUUAGUAAAAUAUAUAUAUAGAUAUAUCUAUAUAUGUAUAAUUUUUUGUUCUGUCUCAUUGGCAAAAACAUUGUUUUCUGUUAUUCUUUUGACAUAUUUCUUGUAAAUGUGUUGAUUGAUACAAUUACUGUACAAAUUUUUGCUUGGAGGCCUGAUCUUGCUGACCCCACAAUAGCAAAUUUGACUGUUUAUUA